AUUGACGACUUCGGAAUGAGAACUGGCUGGUUCAUCGGCAGGACUGUUUGUGCAGAUGAGUCUGUGGAGCUACUUUGGUCUGUGAGGAUGGAGCUGCAACUGUUUCUUCUUCUAUUGGUGUUGUUCUGCAGAGGACAGAGUUGGACGCCUCCAAAGUAUUGCCAUGACCUGCCAUGCCCCAAAUUCACAUCUGGGAAGACAUCAGUUAAAGAUGUUGAGGAGCGUUUGCUUGAUGACACUGAAUGGAUUUCCACCACGAUUACAAACCCUACGUCCUCUGACCUUAUGGCGGCACGUGAAAGGCUGAGUAAAGUUACAGGUUAUGUUAACUCCUGGCCAGUGUUGAUCAACGUCACUAACGGCAAGACUUUGGCGUUAUCCUGGUUUGUUGCUCCUGGAUCAGUGCCCAAAAUCAGUGAUUCAGAAGUCAGACUAGAGAGAGGACCUAAAUCUGUCUAUGUCAGGAGCUCAGAUCACUUUCCAACCUUGGAGAAAGGUCAAGAAGAUAAAAGGGCGCUUUGUGACGACUUGCGUAAAGGUGGGAAAACCUGCACUGAUGACCAAACUUAUUUUGUGGCUGUCUAUGACUCCUUUUUCUCUGUUGAACACUACAGUGAGAUCUGGAUCGAAAAAAACCCGUAAACUGCACAUGAUAUAAUCACUGCAGUAACUCUGGACUUAUUCAUUAAAUUAAGAUAUUAACUGUUUCACUUUUGUGGUAGAAAGCCAAGAAGAUGUGAUAGUAUCAUACUCACUUUGCACACUUAUUGCAUUAAUCCCACCGGUCACAAUAGUGACCGUAAAAAAAAGUUUCAUUUCUAAGGCUAUAAAAAUGUUACUGAAUGAUCUAUCAAUGCAUUUCCAGCAGAUAUUGAAAUAAUAAAGGGUCUCAAUGAAAUAUGUGCAGUGUCGCAUGUUUACUGUACAUUGUCACAUGACCAGAGCUGUUUACUUCCUGUUUGCGCCAAGAGAAGAGGAUGGCAGCAAGGAAGCUCACACAGAAAAUGUUAGUAAAGUAUGUUAACAUAAAUAUAGGACAUAGAUUUUUGGUACACAUCAUGUUUAAGGUGUCUAGUAUUGACAUAUGCAUUUGCAAUUUCUCAACUUUGUUUAAUGUGGUCACAGAACUCACAAAGAUGUCACCGGCAACAAUAGUGACCGGUGGGAUAACCCAUUGUAUCUACAUGCUAAUACACGUAGGCUAACUGUUCUACCUUACUUUCUGCUGCUACCUAACUUCCUACCUAAUUUUACACACAGAAACACACACACACACACACACACACACACACACACACACACACACACACACACACACACGGACCCAAGGAAGACUAGCUAGCUAGCUAAUUCUGCUGCUACCUAACUUCCUACCUACUGCAACUUUACACACACACACACACACACACAUGAAGACUAGCUAGCUAACUAAUUCUACCUAACUUUCCACACACGCACGCACACACACACACGCAAUUACAGGUAGGCACACACACGCACACACCACACACACACACACACACACACACACACACACACACACACACACACACAAGUGGUUGCAUACAGUUACAAACAAACAGUACUUUGGAGUCUAGGGAAAAAAAGCUGAAAAAAAAAACAUCAAAAUGUCCUAAAUGUUCCAGGAAAAGAUGUUAUUUUUUAGUCAUUCAAGGCAUUGCUUUGCUCUUUGUUCUACAACCUAUUUUAUUUUGUUGUUCAGUCAGUCAGUGUAGGCCUAUACUUGAAAGCAUGUUCAGCAGCUACCUCUAUCCUAAAUGUUUACCUUCAUGUUCAGUGUGCUCAAUGUAUACUGCACUAAAAAUGAAUGUGUUCAAAUGAAUGUUGCACUAAAGUAAGUUGCACUAAAGUUACAAUGUUGAAAUACAUUGAUGAUUGUUGUUGUUUUUUGUCUUAACCUCAAUAUUCAUAACGGUGCUCCCAGUAUUCAUAUUGCUAGCCGAUAGUAUAGGGCUUAUAUGUAAAAUAUUCACACUACAAUGAGAGAGCAUUUAGAGGCAAUGCUGGAACUUUUAAAAGUGAUAAUAACUAGCCUUUAUAUAUAAGGAUGUUAUACACUCACGCGCACACACGCACAUACACACACACACACACACACACACACACACACACACACACACACACACACACACACACACACACACACACACACACACACACACACAGAAACACACACACAAACACACUGCACAGGUCAAAUAGACCUAUAUUUAGUCUGUCCAAUGGUUGAUAUCACACAGUAUCCCACCGGUCACAAUUGUGACCGAUCAUAAAACACACUUUUUCACACACUUUUCCAUGAAAAUUUCUAAAAAUUAUGAUUGAUUGUUUCAAAGGGAUACUAAUGACACAUGAUUUGGAUAUUUUUGUGUCUGGGAAAAAUUUGGGAUUAAAUGGGUUAACAAAUUCUGUAUACUACCUUAUUGCAGUCCUGCUGAAAUGUACAGACAUAGUAGGUAGCCAGCAGACAGACAUUCCUGCAUGCUUCUGUUGCAUGCUGGAAACUGGUUUGGGGAAUGUUCUUGGUGUUUACCAGCAGCUCCUCCCGCUUUUGCUGAUGAGUGAUAAUAUUUUUGUCAUGUGAUAAUGCUUCUUGCUCUGAACAUACCUGCUGUAAAUCAAAAAACAACCCGUGUCCCUGCCCUGAACAAUAAAUUGUUGACAGCUUCA